UAGCCAGGAAUAUAAUCUCUCGCUCUCUGCUUAACUUAACAAUUUGCAAUGGAGAAAUCUCAAAAUUCGAUGACAUUCUCGCAGGAAGGCGGUAGUAAUCUCAGCGAACGAGUUCUGCUGAAUGUUGGCGGCAAAAAGUUCGAGACUACGGUCGCCACGUUGACCAGGGUUUCGGAUACGGUGCUUGCGGUGAUGGUCAGUGAUCGUUGGAAGACUGGGGACGAGAUUUUCAUCGAUCGAGAUCCUAAACACUUUGGGAAAGUUCUCAAUUAUCUCCGUGACGGGGAUCAUUUUGUGGCGCCAUCGGACACAGAAGCCUGCGAUGAGCUGAAGAGAGAAGCUCAUUUCUACAACAUGCCGUUCCUCGCCGAAAUGUGUAUGCCGAUGAAUGUCGACGUGGCGGAUGUUGUUCAGUGGAAGCGUGACGCGAUUGAAAUCUAUUGGCGCCCGUUUGUCCGUUAUAUGGUUGAUGAUUCGCUGUCACUUCCGUUUAUUUAUGAUAGAAACAACCACACCCUUGCCCGUUGCAUAGCAUGUGAAGAAUUCCAAGAUCCAAAAUGCUCCUACCUUUUCGACAUCAACUACACUGCGUGGGAACCGAUGCGACAUCACAUGUAUAAUAUGACGGGAGAAGUCACCCAGGUACAUCAUGUCAUCAAAAGAGCUCUAUAGACUCAAAACUUUCGACGAUCACUAUUUCGAAAUGUCCACCGAAUCAAUCGGAGAUCCUCUCCCAGAUGGCAAGCCAAGUCCAACAGGGAAAAGCUUCCAACUAUGUGAUACCAGUUCCGAACGUCAAAGGAAUUACCAUGAAGAUGGUUGUCACCUGGUGCAUCCGUCAUCGAGUCGAAGUUCCGAGCACUUCUACGUGGGAAGUUGACUAUGUUAAAUCAUUGGAUCGAGAGGAACUGAAAGAUGCGAUAUGGGCCGCCAAGUAUCUUCGAAUGCCAAUUCUUAUUAAUAUUACUAGUUCUGAACUGUUUUUGCGAGCCGAAAAUACACCGGUAGAGAGGUUAGAUGAAGUGUAUCCGAUGCCGCACUGUGUAGGCAGAGCUCCGGAGAGAAGCACCAAAAUCACCAUUCACAAAUUCAAAUAAACUUGGAUACAAUUAUUUUUGUUUUCUUUUAGUACUCAGUUCAUAAAUAUAUUAAAGUGGGAU